AUGGCAGGCGCAGCAGUGAGGGAACUACGCGCCGUGAUCCGAAGAGACGGCAGCAAGGUGGAUAACGUGUAUACUGGCAACCAGGCCAUGGCCAACAAAUUCAUCUUCUCGGGCUUCAGCAAUGAAAAUGCAUCCCUUACUGGCAAUGAGCCCAGUUUUCAGGUAUUAGCGAAGGCAUGUGUUAUUAAUGUGAGCCGGACCACAGCUGUCUAA